AUGUUUUAGACGCAGGGUUCGUGUUGUGCACCGCACUCGGUAUCGCGUCGGUGCCGGAACGCUGGCCAGAAUCAAUGAGUUCUUGUAAUUUUGUCUAGAAUAAUGCAUUUUAAGGGUUUGUUUACUGUUCUCACCGGGAAGUUAAAGGGGUUUUCCCUUUCUCAACCAAUGAACUCAACACCAUCUUUUUUCAUACACCAGGGAAAACCAGUUGAUAAACUUCAGGCUUUGAUGUGUUAUUCUAGUUUUUCAACCAAUGAUUACCUAAAGAAAGGCCAUGAUAAGACGAUGCUGGCAAAGGACUUGGCAUUUACUUGUUGAGGAAUCAUCUCAUAAAGAUGACAGGAAACCUAAGAGCAGAAUGGAUUCUAGUUUUUCAACCAAUGAUGACUUAAAGAAAGGCCAUGAGAAGACAAUGUCGGUAAAAGACUUGGCGUUUCUUGUUGAGGAGUCGUCUCAUAAAGAUGAAAGGAAACCUAACAGCAGAAUGGAUUCGAGUUUUUCAACCAAUGAUGAUGUAGAGAAAGGCCAUGAGAAGACAAUGUUGGCAAAAGACUUGGCGUUUCUUGUUGAGGAGUCGUCUCAUAAAGAUGAGAGGAAACCUAAGAGCAGAAUGGAGCUUAAGAGGUCUCUUGAACUUCGGGUAAAGAAGAGAGUAAAGGAGCAAUUCAUUGAUGGAAAGUUCCAGAACUUGAUGGUCAAUGUGAUUGCUGAUCCAAAUACACUUCAAGAUGCUUAUAACUGUAUUAAGCUCAACUCAGAUGUCGACAUAUCGUUGAAGGAUGAUUCUGUAUGUUUUAAUUCCCUAGCAAAGGAGCUUCUUGAUGGGAAUUUCGAUGUUAGAGGAAAUACCUUCUCAUUCUCAACAGGAGGAAUCAACAAAGAAGUCCUCGUACUUCCUAAUCCGAAGACGAGAAUUAUUCAGGAAGCUAUAAGAAUGGUUUUGGAAACUGUUUACAAGCCCCAUUUUUCUAAGAUUUCACAUGGUUGUCGAAGUGGGAGGGGUCACUCGACAGCAUUGAGAUACAUCAAGAAAGAGAUUUGUAGUCCAAGUUGGUGGUUCACUUUAAUUUUAAACAAAAAGGUUGAUUCUAGUAUCCUUGCUAAGCUCAUUUCGAAAUUGGAGGACAAGAUAGAAGACAACCAGUUAUUUGGUAUUAUCCGUAGCAUGUUUGAUGCACAAGUCCUCAAUUUUGAGUUUGGAGGUUUCCCGAAAGGCCACGGCCUUCCACAGGAAGGAGUAUUAUCCCCGGUUCUAAUGAAUGUGUAUCUUGACUUAUUUGAUCAAGAAUUUUACAGAUUGUCGAUGAGAUAUGAAGCUCUUCAGGAUGGAGCUGAUAAGGACGAAGAUAACUCACAUUCCAAGCUACGGAACUGGUUUAGGACACAGAUGAAGGAAAAUGAUUGUAAAGGCAUGACUGCUGAUGAUAAUUCUGGCCCAAGAGUUCAUUGUUCUCGGUUUAUGGAUGAGAUCUUUUUUGCAAUUUCUGGUUCCAAAGAUAUUGCUCUUAGUUUCAAGUCUGAGAUUAUAUAUUUCUUUAAUAAUUCUCUGUUCUUGGAUGUUGAUGACAAGCUAACAGAAAUUUUACCUUGUGAUGGGCCUAAUGGCAGUCGGUUUUUAGGAGCUUUAGUUAAAAGAAGUGUGCGAGAAGGUCCUGCUACUAGUGCUGUGCAUAAGUUGAAAGAAAAGGUACGGCUCUUUUCUUCUCAGAAACAAGAUGCUUGGAAUGCUGGGAGUGUUAGAAUUGGGAAGAAAUGGUUGGCUCAUGGUUUAAAGAAGGUUAAGGAGUCUGAAAUCAAGAAUUUAGCGGAUAGUGGCUCUACUUUGAGUAAAAUUUCUUCUUUCCGUAAAGUUGGGAUGGAAACUGAUCAUUGGUACAAAGUCUUAAUGAAAGUAUGGAUGCAAGACAUUAAAGCCAAAGCAGCGGAGAAUGAGGAAUCUAUCUUGUCUAAGUAUGUUGUUGAACCGUCCCUUCCUCAUGAACUAACGGAAUCUUAUUAUGAAUUUCUGAAGCGUGUGGAUGAAUAUGUUUCUUCCGAAACAACUGCUACACUUGCUCUUUUACCGAAUUCAAACUCAAACACUGGAUCAGUCACUAUCACUGAGAUUCUAGCUCCAACCGAUGCUAUAAAGAAGCGUCUGUUCCGAUAUGGAUUGACAACCUCUGAAGGAUACCCUCAUGUUGCUUCACUACUCGUUUUACAAGACAGCCUCCAAAUAAUUGACUGGUUUGCAGGGAUUGUUUAUCGAUGGCUUAGGUGGUAUCAAGACUGUGACAACUUCAAAGAGGUCAAGCUUUUAAUUUCUACUUUACUGCGGAAAUCCUGUGUUCGUACUCUAGCAGCAAAAUACAGGAUUCCGAGAAUGGUGAGCCAGUCAAGGCCCUGCAAUUGUUUUGUUUUGGGUUGCUCAGUCGCAUCACCGAGUGUCUAUACUCUCCAUGCUAUGGAAAGACAAAAAUUUCCGGGUUGGAAAACAGGGUUCGCAAGUUGUAUCCAUCCAAGCUUGAAUAAACGGCGAAUCGGGUUGUGUAAGAAACAUUUGAAGGAUUUAUAUCUUGGUCAUAUAUCACUUCAGUCUAUUGAUUUUGGUGCAUGGAAUCGGGUUGUGUAAGAAACUAGAAAACCUCAUAUGGCUCUGUCUAGACGACUGCAGUCAGUUCAUACAGCUUCGGCUUCCUCAUCAGAUUGGGUGUAUCCGGAGUCUUGAAAGUUGGGAAAGCUUAAGAGCUUCAUUCAAAGAAGUUGCCAACAAAAAUCAUGCCACGCCAGAAAAUGAUACAACUGGUAAUUCUUGCAACUGCAAUUGGAAUGGAACAGAAGAAAGGAUGAUUCCCGGUAAGCUUUUUGAAAGGCUUUCUAAUCUAUAACUUAUUAUUGACAUUAGCCUAGUAUCAGAAGAUGGAGUGAAAAUGCAGAUGGAAACUGCAAGCGAAUCUUCACCUCUACCUGAGUUAUCCAGGACAACGGAUUAUGAAAAGCAAAGGGCGAAACUCAGCAGUCAGAAAUUCGAAGGCUGCAGUUUAAUUGUCAACCAUAAGAAACAGAAGUGUCAAAUUUAUGCCAGUGAAAAUAGAUGUUUACUACUGUAUUUUUUUGGGUUAAAUACUAUGAAUCAAAGGAGGUUCGAGGAAGUUGAAUACUGCCUUCUUUCUUUGGGUUAGUUAGGAAAAUCCCAUGAA